CCCUUUUUGCUUUUUCAGUGAGUGACAUGAUACAAAUUAACAUAAUUGUGAUUUUAAAAGUCGCUCAUGAAAUUUCUGUGAAGUGAUUGUGCUUUAUUAUUGUUAAUUGAGAAGUCUAUAUCAUAUAUUUCAAAGCUAAAUUUUAUUUUAGUGUACUACUAAUUCAGUAACAUAAAUAAGUUGGUAUCUAAACUGUCAUAAGUAAUGUAUAGUUUUACUUAAUCAUAUACAACUGCCAGCUUGAAUAAUUUUUGGAAGACUGUAAUUUUUUUCAAGGGUUUCAUAUUGGAAUUUAGGUUUUUUAAAGUCAUAGUGUGCAAAUUCGACGCACGCUGUAGACGCAAGGCUCGGAGGAAGCGCCUCAACGUCCGGCCGCGUGGAUGUAGCAUGCUGUUCUUUUUCCUUUUCGGUUUGUUUUUUGUUCAUCUCAUUUAUUUAUUCCAAUGUAAUCUCUUCCAGUUCAUUUUUUAUUCAGUCGGCCUUCAGUGUUACCUGUGCCGGGACGCCAAUAGUUCGUUCGAAGGACUUUUGAACUGGUUGCUAAAAGCACAGUUAUGAUUUCAUUCAUCGAAUAGGAUUAUGUGAAUAUACAAGUGUUGUUGCUGCGAUUUUUUUUUUUAAAUGUGAAUAGAUUAUUAGUGGCCAGUGUUAGUUGCAGUGUUGUGCUUGUGCGCAGGGAUGAUGGAACUUCCUCAUUAUCUGUUUCUUUUGACGCGGACUUCAUUGAGUCUGCAACUCCAUUCGAUGGAACCUCCUCAGUCUCCCAAAUUUAAUGUGCCUUUAUGGCAACCAUGGGUCGCGUCUCCAGACAAAGAGACGCCAAGUACAGCAUCAAGCGGCGAGUCGGAAGGUGAUCGCACGCUUUCUCCCGAAGCACCCAACGCACAGCCCAAGGAGCUGACUGGGAAGUGGCGCAGGGAGCGUAGGUCCACAAGGCUACCUGACUACAGGCCUAGAGAAAAUGGCAAGAUGGCGCUACGGUCGCAGUCUUUCAACGAGAGGCGUUGCGCGCCGUCCGUAGCGCGUGCGCAACCGCACAGCGACGGGGAGUUAUCGGACGAGGUGGACGACAGACCUGCGGAUUUGGCUCUCAAUAGAAAUGGGAAAGGCGCGCCCCCAGAGUACUCGACUAAGCACGAAGCCCCCAUCGACAUGCGGCUGCGGUCGCGGCCGGCGCCUCCGCCCUACUCCAGACCUUCUGUCAUCACCAAGAGCAAUGACACUCCACCAGGUUCGAUGUCAAUGUGUGACCCGGUCAUAGACGAACACUUCCGACGAUCCCUCGGCGAUGACUACAUGAACUUGUUCAAGAAAAAUAACACAGAAAACGCUCAGCCCGGACCCAAACCGAAUACUAAAGACCGAGCGAGUAGCCCUAUACAAUUUAAAAAUGAGGAACCGCCAAAGCCCGCCAAAAUAAUAGCAAUGGAAGUCGACGACGCCAGCCUCUCGGUAGACGAUCACUUCGCGAAGGCCCUCGGCGACACCUGGCGACAAAUACAGACUUCCAGAUUAAAAGACAGCGAAAAAUCACAGACGUCUGCGAAAGGCGUCGUUGAUGAUCACUUCAGUAAAGCACUCGGCGACACUUGGAAGAAAAUCCAAUCAUCCAAACUCAAUAUAGACGGCACGGAGAAAUCCAAGGAACAAACGAAAAUUAUCUCAAGGAGCGGAGUCGUAAUAUAAUAACGGUAGUUAAGCCUCUGGGUGGUUCGCUUUACGGCCUUGUACAAUUUACGAGGCAUUUUCAUGAUGCUAACUGAGUAUCAAUAAAUUCCCACUUGUUUUACAUAAAGGAAGCUAUUAGAUAUUUUAUUGUCAGCACGAAUUAAAUGGCAAUUUUAUUAUGCUUACUAUCAAUUUGGAGAACCAUGACACUGUUACCUUUUGGAUGUUUCGAAGAUUUUAUUUGAAUAUUUUAUGUAUGAAUAGUCAAUUAGUAGUGGUCACCAUUAACGAAAUAAGUUAUUACCUCAAUGUAAGCGCUUUUGCACAAUUCACUUAGGUUAGUUCUAGCAUUGUAAAUAGUAGUCAUUGUCUGUAGAAGGAGAAUGGAAGAUAAUUUUAGACACUAUUAUAACUAGUUAUUCUCAUGUUCCUUGUGUAUACUUUAUGUGGAGAAGUUUGAGUGGAGACGCGUGGAAGUUUUGACUUCGAAUACAACAAUGAAACCCAACGAAUAAAUUUUAUGUGUUGUAUUAUCAGUUAUCUAUAAAAGAAUUAUAUUUAUUUUUACUUUAUGGAAAAAAAAACUUUCGAAACAAAUUGUGACAAGUUACCUACAAAUCAAAUCCGGAAGAUAUGAAACAGAAUAUUGUAAUAGCUAACCUAUGUAUAUAUUUAACUUAAUUAAUUGUACAUAAUCAAGUUAAACAGAUACACAAGCUUAUUAUCUACAGACAUUCUUUAUAUAUUUAUCUCCGAGUAACCUAAAUCAAGUAGGAUUAAAUACGAUGACAUUUUAUGCCCUUGUCAUUUAAUUGUAAGCCCUUUAAUUGUGUCUCAAUUUGUGUCACGUUAAGUGGCGUUUAUUAGAAACAAAACAAUAGCCUUUUAUUAACGUAAGUACAACUAAUUGUCUUAUGAUUGUUCAUUUACUGGAAAUGUCGUGCGUAUCACACAAGUAUUUAUUCCUAGGUAUCCGAGAAAUUGAUCAUUUAUUUAUGACAAAUAAAUCUAUUUUGUAUUUU